AUGGAUAAUCCAUUAACUCCUAACAAAAUACAGAGACUUAUGCAUCUAGCAGAGGACAAAUCCUUCAACAUGCCGAGACGUUUACUGCUUACGGACGAAGACUUGAAACGCUUGGCCUCAACUCAAGCAUCAAUGAAUAGAUCCAAUAUCAAUAACUGCGAGUCGUCUUCUGGCAUUUUGGAUUUAGAAAGAGUUGAAGGCUUUGGAGAGUCUGGGAUGGGAGACUUAUCUCUUAGUAAAUCUACAGCAUUCAAUCCAGGUGAAAUGACUGGUAGAUCAACAGGAGCUGAAGACUUCAAAGCAAUGCCUCUGGGUCGCCACUCCAUAGCUUUAGAAAGCCUCACCAGCCAGAUGGAUAAACAGACUUCAGAAAUUCAAGAUAUUAUGAGACAUUCCAUUGCUACUAAUUAUUCUUUUCAUUCCAAGAGAGAUCUUACAGCGGAUGAAGCAUCCUUGAUUGUAAGGGAAGCUCCGUUACCCGUGCCAAACAGCACCCACACAAACUUUGCAGAUAGCAUUUCGAUGAAUAACUCAAAUCUAUCUGUUGGUGCAUACUUCAAGAACAGAUGUCCAGAGUUUGGCAAACUGCUUGGCAAGACUGAUAGCCCAGACAGAUCCUAUAUGCCUAGCAUUACUGAGGUGUCUGGCACACACUCAGACUCAUUGAGAUCUGACAAGAAUCUACUGAAAAUGGACCAAACGUUAGACUGUGUACCAGUGAGACAGCCUCGCAACAUCAUGGACAGUUUUCCAGAGAAACAGAGCAAUGUUCCCUCUCCAGCAGAAAGUACGUUCACAAUGCCAAAAGUUGAGAAACUAGCUGAACCGUCAACUAGCAACAUGACAGAAGCAAAACCAAAACAUGAUCCGUUCUACAUGAGCCAAGUCCCUGAUAAACCAAAAUAUGUCCAAAUGACAUUGAAUUCUGUCUCUCCACAAAAGAAUGUGCCUGUACCAACAAGGGAAACUGACUUGUUGCUAAAGAAUUUACAAGCUUCUCUGAGAUUAGUGAGUGAAGAUACUGAGGGAUCAGCAGAGAAUUCUUUGAGCAUUUCGAGGAUUGCUGACUAUCUUGGUAAACAAUCCAAUGUAAGUGUAACAGACAUGUUGCUUUUAAACAACAAAAAGAAAUACUUGAACAAGAAACAACCACUUACUGAGUUGCACAUGAACAUACCAGAAUCUAAGAAGAACAACCAGGACCUGCCAGUCACGUAUUUAAAGGACACUCGCAGGACUGAAGCAGCUAGUUCAUCAGGAACUGCCAUCACCGUUAUAAGCCAGAACAAAUACAAAAGCAAUGAAGAGCAAGAGAUCCCAGCAGUAGUAGUAACUCGUCAUUCUCUCAACACAGAUCAGUUGGUCGAAAUUGAUGAUUCAAAGUCCAAGAAAAGUGGCCGUUCCAAGUCACCAUCAAGUAAAAGUCAAUCCACUCUCAGCACUGUUCAAGAAAAUUUUACGAGCUUUAAGUCUGGAGACAGUCCUUUACAUUCCAGCAAAGGCGAGGCCAAUACAUCACAUGUUGCUUCCCCAAAUACAGUAUAUAAAGAGUUAGAUAAGUCUGUAGAUUGGCACGAAGUAAUGCAACAGAAACUUUUGAAACAGGAGGGCUUAGCUAAAGAACAAUGGGUCGAAAUUGGAACCACUGUCGCCGAUGGAUAUGUUGGUGUAAAUUGUCCCGUAACUAUAACAGUGACGACUCUAUCAGAUAGUUGGUUGACUGCUAAAUUACAAUUUAACGAUUUGCCAAAUGAUGGCAGAGACCUGACAAUCGAACUUCCGCGUAUGCCUCUGUUGCUGUCUCCAGGAAAAUCUGAAAAAAUCACACUGCAAAUAACAUCUAAUGUGGAAAUGAGCACUACAUUGUAUUUCACAAUGUUGCUUAAAGACGCGUCUAUUGAUGGGGAUGUGGAACAAAAUGGCGAGGUUCAACUUAAUAUAAAGAUGCCUGUUAUUCAAGCUAUGUCUUGUGAUGGCGUCAACAAGAUCACGUUUCCACCGAUACAAGAGAAUAGUUCGCUCGUUAAGUCCUUUGUGCUUAUAAGUGAUUGCCCUACCGAUUUGCAAUUAGAAUUAUCAGUGGUAGAGGGCGACAGUAUAUUCGCGAUCAAAAACGUUCAAGAAAUAAAGAAGAGUGAUGUGAAUAAGAUUUUGAUGGAUCGUCAGGGGUCGACUGAUGAAGGGCAGCAGCCUGGGAAGAGUAAGGGCAAAGCGACUAACAAGCAGCUCUGUAGGCUGACCAGUGGUAACGCUAUUAGGGUAACAGUCAAAUUCAAUGCGCCUAAGUUAGCAGAUAUAGAAAUAGCAGAUUCAAUAGUGACAUUCAAUGGGCUGAUGAAUGUGAACUUGAUUGGAGUUAAUAGUGUGCUGAGAAAGGUCGAUCUUGUUGGUGUUGUUGGUACCGUGAAUCUGGUGGCCAAACCUCCAACUAGCAAGUUGCAACUAACUAAUGAACCGACAAAUAUCGAAUUGUGUAACAUUGGCUCAAUAUCUGGAAUAUGGAUAGUGAAAUUCAAAACCAAUUCGGUAACGGAUAACUUUCCAUUCAAAAUAGCGCCAACUAAGUUUGAGGUUCGACCUGGUUCGUCUAAGUCUGUGAGCUUGUUAUAUACUGGAUCUGGUGAUCCGGUUGAAGCGACCCUCAUAUUUGAAGAGAUUACAUCUGGCAAUAAGACUACACUAGAAAUAUGUGGAGGCUUCGAAAAACCAAAAUCAUUUCCCAUUAAGACUAAUUACAGUUCUAUGUCGUGGGUGCGAGCUGGUAGGAAAGAACUGAGCUUAAAGAAUGCAACAAAUAAGAAGAUCUACAUCGAUGUCAAAUUAUGGGAGAAGGGUUCGCGAUAGAUUUACCACGAGAGUCUAGAGGAAUAUACUGUGUGCCUUUCGGGCCGUGUGAAUGUCGCCCAUUGCCUAUAAUCUUUUCUCCAACUUCAAAUGCACCACAGAAAGCAACAUUACACUUAGUGUUCGAAAAAAAUAGCGAACAUUGCAGAAAGAUUGAACUGUAUGGAUGUGCAAGUGGUGAGGCGUUGCGCUGGUCGGGGCUAGUGACGUACGGCGACACGGCGCUGGUGCGGGCCGUCUGCAGACAACCCAUCAACUUGGAGCUUUACAAUAAAUCCACUGCACCCGCCUUUGUGUGUGCCAGAAUUCAUUUCAAUUUGCAAUAUUUGUGCGUGUCUGAGGACGCGGAGCUAUGCGGCGCGCGGGCAGUGGUCCGCGCGCGCGGGCGGCACGCGGUGUCGCUGCGCGUGCAGUGGUCGCGCCUGGAGCGGCGCGCGCGCGCCACGCCCGCCGCCUCGCUCGCCUCCGUCACGCUCAUCACCGGCGCCGAGUACACGCGACGCAGGAUACUCAAGAUUGUCCGUGACGAAUCAAAUGGGGAGCUGGAUACUUCCCUGCUACCUAACCACUUGAAGGUGUUAGCAGACACAUUCGAUGGAGAGGAUGCAUGUAUGGACAAUCAAUUAGCAGAUUUCAAGGAAACAAAGGCGUCAUUAAACGAAUUGAUAAGUGGUCUGCAGGAACUGACGGCUCAAAUAGACUUGCCACAAGACUUCGCCGAGGAGAACACUAUCAUCAUAAGUGACGACACGGUUGUCGAACAUCACACACUCUGCGAUUGA